UUCUUUAUUAAAAUUUGUUCUAAAUUAUCCCUGUUACAACUUUUUUUUAAAGAAAAAGAGUAAUAUUAUAAAUAAAAAACAAUUCGGUAAAAGAAUACAAACACUUUUAGGUUGUUACGUCGUAACGUGCGUUAUCCGCAAGGACGACCAGUGUAACAAAAAUUCCCACUUAUUAUGUUGAAAAAUGCACGGAAAAGUGCAUCUCAAUUCAACGAGAGAGUUUCUUUUAUAAUGAUAUUUAAUUUAAGUAUUUAACUGUGUGUACAUUACGGAGGUUGGUAGUGGUGCAUUUUUUUACGUAAAGCCGACUACCUUUGACUACGCUAACACAAUAGCUCUAAUUGAUAGACUUUCAGAAAGUGGAGCGUGGCGCAAGUUCUUUUUCUCUCCGCCGUCGUUCUUUCCGCUUUCAAGAAGCGGAAGUCUCACGUUCGGGAAAGCCUGUUGUUUAUUGAUGGCUCUCAUCAAAUUUCUAAAUACUUUUGAGUUGGUACAAAUAUAAGCAAAGGGUAACGAGUAACCGUUCAAGUAACAAGUUUUGAUCCAGAUGCUCAAGAUAAUUUAAUAUAAUAAAUAAUCGUAUAUUGCCAGUGCAUUACGUCAACGGUACAUAGCGACACUUGUACGUUCAUUUUUCUUAGAUCCGAUACGGGUUUGGUGUCACGAGAGACCAACGUGAUUCGGUCCAGUGGCUAGUUCCAUGAUUUACAAGAUAGAAAGACCAACUGAAAUAAGUGAAAGGCGCAUGUGUUUUUUCCCAGCAUAUCGUUUUGCCUAUCAUUUCAUUGAUCUCAGAGAUUCGCAGGUUUUCUUUAUGACAGCUUGUAACACUUUUAUACGUAUAAAUCCAUAAAUAUAUUUUUACUUGGCAUAUAUCUGACUUGAGAUAAGAACAAUGAAUUUCCCUCGUUCAUAAUGCAGAUGUUGCUAUUUUUCUUACAUAUCGUGCUCGUAUAUUAUAUCGUGAACGUUAUAUACUGAUGUUUAAACUAGAUCACCGUGCCUUUCUUCUUGGCUGCUUGAAUUAUUAGGGCUGUAAUAAGGCACAGUUUUCCAUUUCUCAGAUCGGUGGGUCUCACGGUUACUUUAAUUAUACGCUACCGUUCAUUGCGGGAGAUUCACUGCGACGAUCUCGAUUGAUAAGCACUGGUAUAAAUUAAUAAUUCAGCUUCCUUUGUUACCGCAUAAUUGUCAAUUAAUAAAUGAUGAUGAAAUACAUCAAAUAUUUUUACACGGGCAAAUAUUUUUCAUAAUAUAUAAUAAAAAAUAUGUUUAGAUUUAAUCAAAGAAAAGUUAAAGAUAGGGAUAAACAGUUAUAUUAAAAUAAAAUGAAUUCUUAACGAUGUUAAUUAUAUCUUUUUUCAUGGCCGAUUAAUCUUUUCAAAACCACCCACAACGAUCGUAUAAAGAUCAGAUGAUCUGUAAAAGGAGAUUGGUUGUUAUACGAAGGUUAUAUUUGCUACUCGACUGACGUUUCGAAAGAAGGACAAUCAAUUCGCAAUAAGCGCAGUGCAGCACUGCUGCACGCAACCUUUAAUUUUCCAUCGAAAUUUCAUGCACGGUUACGCAGGUGGCUCACCGUUUUCACGAUAGUACGCAGUGAAAACGCACUGGUCUAAUUGCGGUAACAUUUCCGGAUGGACAAACUGCCGCUUUCGUAAUUUUCUUUUGCAAGAUGCGGCAAAUCAUUGAUUGACGUAUGAGUUAAACGUCUCUACGAUGGCUUAUAAUUUGCGAUGUGACAGAAAGCGUGAUCGCCGGAGUUGCGUGCCUCCUUUCUAGAAUCGCGUGGGAGACCCUAUCGUUGGUACACAAUCAAUGAAUUAAUUAUGACUGAAUAACGAGUCGGCGAAGCGUAAUUUACGAGAGAGCAUCAUCCAUAAGAUCUUUUUUUCCGCAGUGUGUUUUGUUACGCGUCAGUGGUGGCCGAUCACGCCAUGCGUAGGUCGCGUCGUCCGCGUCGACUGCCUGAAAAAAAGGCAGUCUCGUCUUCAAGGACGUUUUUGGGCUAUUGCGAAUAAUCUUAACGGUUAGUCACCUCCGCGCCUAGGUAGACCGCGAGACCUCGGCAACUCGCGUGGGAUAAUAAGCGGCGAGAUCGAAUCCCGAAUGAAUUGAACAACUGAUGUAAUUGCCUUCUUUUAAACACAGACAACGUGCUUCGUCGAAGGGCUCCGUUUAACAAUUUGUUCGCGAAAGAUUGCGCGGAGCUGCAAUUGUGAUUUCGAAGCGCAACUGCAAUUUUACUUAUUACGCGCAUGGUUAUCGGCGUAUCGAUCUGUUGCGUACGCGAUUAACCAAGGGAGUUCACGCAGCGAAAACUUUCCCACAUUUCCGACGAGACGUGCGUUGCAUCACGGAGUGACUAAUUGAAAUGUUAUUCAUUCAAAAUAAAGAUAUCACGGGUUUGAACCUUGUCCAUAAGAUAAAUAUUGCUGUUAGCUCUUGUAGGAUGUUAUACAAGUAUAAUGCGUAUCUUUCAACGUAACUUAUUUUUUAUUUUAAUUGAAGAAACGACUAUAAAGAUUAUUCCAUGUAUAAUUCUUAAAUAGUACCUAAUUUUCACAUAACGUUUAUUGUUGUACAUUCAGUUAUGUAAUUAGAAAGAUGUUAUAAGAUGUUAAGUAUAUAAGAUGUUAUGUAAUUAGAAAAUUGUUAAGUAGAUUUCUUUUCGUUUGUGCUUCUCAAGCAGAGAUUAAAAUGUUAUCGCCACUCUUGCUGCUGGGCAUGAUCGUGUCCAUAAUGGGCGGCUACGUGCCACCUGGGCCGAGGUUCAGAUGUCCGAAAGACACAAUUUACACUUACCCCUGUACCUGUCUUCGGGGCAGCGAUAGGGGUUUAUACAUUCGCUGUGAGAAUACGAAUCUGGCUAGUCUCAGCCUUGCCUUCACGAAUCUGGGAAACGAGGGCAUGCCGAUCGAGGAACUGGUUCUAUAUAAAUGUAACAUAGUACGAUUUUACGGGCCCGCUCUGUAUCCGCUGGACGUGCGAGUGCUAAAGUUCAUCGACACGCCACUGAAAUUGAUCGACGAGCACAGCUUCCUCGGCGUGAACCGAACUCUUCAGGAGCUCUAUGUGAUAAACAGCAAUCUAGAAAAAUUUCCCCGUGAAGCGCUGCAGGUUCUUGGCAAUCUCAGCCUGUUGAGCAUCACGGGACAUCGAAUAUCUACCUUGCUGGGAAAUAGUUUUAGUGAAAGCGCGGCGGCUGCAAAGCUGGAAAAAUUGGAGAUUAGUAACGGUACACUAUCCUCCUUGCCCGUAGAAGCACUGACGCCACUUAAAAAACUGAAAGCUCUUGAUCUUCACGAUAAUAAAAUAAAGGAUUUAAAAAGAAAUCAAUUCAAAGGUCUAAGAGACACCGAGUUUUUGGAUAUCUCUCAUAAUUCAAUCGACAAAUUAGAUGCAUCCCAUUUGGCCGAUCUCGUCAAGAUGGGAUGGUGCAACAUGUCGCAUAACGCUAUUGCCGACUUGAAAAGAGGAACCUUUGCCCGGAAUUCUGUCUUAAAGGUCUUGAAUUUGAGCCACAAUAAGAUCAGGAAACUCGAUUCGAACACUUUUCGCGGCAUGCGUUUUCUCAGACGGUUGUACCUGAGUGACAAUCAAAUUGACGACGUGGGUCGUGGAACUUUUGGUUCCAUUACCAGGAUCGGCACCAUAGAUCUUUCACGUAAUUUUAUUAAAAGAAUUGACUUCCAAAUGUUUCACCAGCUGCAAUUUGCUGAGCUUUUAGAUGUCUCCGAGAAUUUCGUGACGGUCGUGGAGAAACUGGCGUUCAAAGAUAUCUAUCUGGCAAAAGUGAAUCUGUCUCACAACGAAAUUUCGACGAUCGAACCAGGCGCUUUCGAGAAUUGCGCGAACAUUACGCUGUUAGAUAUCAGCCACAACAAGCUCGAGAAUAUCUCCAAGUAUUCUUUCGAUAGUGCAUCAUACGCAAUGGAGUUACAACUCAGUUAUAAUCUGUUUACGUCUCUAAAUCAGAUUCCAAUGCACAACAUGACGGGACUGAAAGUGUUAAACGUUUCCCACAAUCUGAUACACUCUGUUCCACGACAAACUUUUCCAAAGCUGUACGAGCUUCACACGAUCGAUAUCUCGCAUAACAAUUUAUCCGAGAUUCAUAACGCCAUAUUUCAGACGCUUUUUAGCUUGAGAUUCUUGAACUUGUCGCAUAAUUCUCUGGAGAAGAUAAAACCGUCGAUGUUCGGACCGCUGCCGACGCUUUUGGAACUCGAUAUGAGUUACAAUCAGUUAAACGACGUUGCACGCAGUAGUCUCACUAGAUUGGCUAGUUGCAGGAGCUUAACGGUGAAACAUAAUCGUCUGACGAAGAUUUUUCAAUUGCCGAUUUCUUUGAGCCAUUUGGACUUUUCGGAGAACCUGCUAGAAGAGAUUCCGACCACCGAUGUCUGGCCUACAAUGAAUGCGCUACUCUCGCUGGACCUUUCGCGGAAUCGACUGGGCGAUAACCUGCAAGAAGGGAGCUUCGAAAACCUGCUGACCUUGAGAAUCUUAAACCUGCAAGCAAAUAAUAUUACAAAGCCGCCCUGGCAAGCGCUGGGCGGUCUGAGCAGCCUGCAGUAUCUUUAUCUACAAGAUAAUUACUUGACGAAAUUGGAAAAAGCCGCCUUCGGCCGUCUACCGAUAGUGUUCGAGCUUAACUUGGCGAACAAUAAAAUAAAUAACGUAACGAGCCGGGCGUUCGAGGGCCUAUUACAGCUACUGACGUUGAACCUGACGAACAAUAACAUCAGCCAUAUACCGAACGGUGCGUUUCAGGGUCUGGUGUCUCUGCGAACCCUCGAUCUAUCGCACAACAGAUUGGAGAAGCUGGAUAACAAAACGCACGGAUUGCUUGACGAUUGUCUAUCUCUGGAGAGGCUCAAUCUCAGCCAUAAUAAAAUUUCAUUUAUUACCCGGAAGACCUUGCCGAACGAUCCCUGGAUCCCUUACAGGUUGAAGGAAGUCGACUUAUCCUACAAUACAAUGCCGGUCGUUACUUUCGACCUCAUCGCCGGCGCUAAAAAGAUUCAAUACUUGAAUCUCUCUCAUAAUAACAUUAAUGAGAUUAGGAGAUAUGUAAUCGGGAAUUUAACGGCUUUGCAGACUUUGGAUUUGUCGUACAAUGACAUAAGUGACAUCUCCGACCGAGACGUUUUUCUACCACCAUUAAAUUUAACAAACUUGCACCUGAGCAACAAUCAUUUAAGCCAUGUGCCUCUCGACAAGAUUUUACCGCUGCCAAAUUUAAAAAUGCUCGAUCUGGAAGAAAACGAGAUCGGCGUGUUCGACGAGAGAUUCAUGAAGAUUAUUCAGAAUGGCACAGUGUUUAGAUACUAUGGGAAUCCUAUGCACUGUGACUGUCAUGUGCGACCGUUGAAAAGGUGGUUGAAGGCUCAAACGCAGCUUCCUUCAGAAUGGUCGAGUGUGAUGUGUAAGAGUCCGAAUUAUCUCGCAAGUAAGGCCAUCUCGGAGGUAACCGAGGAUCUUAUGACCUGCGGCGAGAGAGACAUACAAGAGGAGCCUGAACUCGAUAUCACGCCUGACGUGAAAUACCGAAGCAUCGACUAUAAUACCGAAGAUAAGAGUUGGAAAGCGACGUGGUACGUGACGUCGCGCGAGGACAUCGGCGACUUCUACGUGGUAGUUCGAGAAUCUGGCAGCAGCAAAUCCAUGCUCGAGAAGGACGUCGUUUACAGCGAGCGAUCCUUCAGAAUCCACGAUUUGAAGGAGUCGAGCACGAAGUACGAGCUCUGCGUGCUCGCGCGCGACUCCGAGGGGAACGUCAAGCAUUAUAGAAACUCGCAGUGUCAGAUUUUGAAUCAGCGUGACUCCAACUCGUCCAUUGACCUUAGGGCGAGCCUGUACCUCGUGAUAGUCGCUGCUUCCUUCUGCGCUCUUAUGAGAUUUCGUUAACCUGCCGAGACUAGUAUUCACAGUACUUAAGAAAAUAUCUUACGUUCCGUGGAGAUGAAAUGGACACGCGAUGAAGUAUCUUCGAGUGUCGCUAGUUGAUUAAAUAUUUUCAAUUCUUCUAUUUUAAACUUUUACCUAGGUCGCGUUGAAGCGCGAAGCGAUGUGAUUGUACAAUAAAUUAAUAUAUUCCUCGAAAAAAAAGGUGAUACACUGUGUGCGUUGUACAUAGAUCGUAUUGUAUUUUGCUCGGAAGUAGGGACGUUGAACGUCGUGUAUUUAUUUUUGUAAAUUGUAAAAUAUAUAUAUAUCUUAUACAAGUCAUGUAUAUUGCUAUAUCAUUUAACAAAAAUGGAUCAACCAAAACUUAACAUAAAAUAAAAAUGUGUUUGACGGCAAUCAGAUCUAUACGACAUUAUAUUGCGGUUGUUAAGAGAAAAAGAGAGUCGAUUAGUUAGCGAUAGAAACAAAUCAUCUUAAUAAGGACCGGUUAAUCCCACGAUAUUAAUUUGCCAUUGCGUUUUACAGCCAUCCUGUUCCGCGACUAAUAAAGCGUUCGCGACUUGCUGAAAAAAUUCUCAAGGAAGUCAAGGCUCUCUCUCUCUAUCUCUCUCUCCGAGCUUUGCCUAGUAAGAUUAUUUCAUUAUCUUGUGAGGAGACCGUAAUUAGUAUCCACAAUAAAGCGUAGUCUCGUUGCACUAAA